AGGCGACAAAGGCUGUGGUUCCUGUUACUCAGCAGCCUCACAAACACACCAACUCCUGCAAGAAGGGACGUGAAUCUUGGAGUUCCUAGCUAUUCUGUUCCUGUUUCCAUCAGCCCCUUCCCUGAAAACUCAGAGGUGCUCAGCAUGCCAUGCUAAAAGCCAAAAUAAAAAGAUCUUGGAGACAUCUCAGGUUUAAUGAGGACUUUCCAACAUUCCAGACUGCUGCCCUGCAAUGAAGCUCUGAGUCAUGGUCUGUGGGAAUAAGGUACUGGCAACAGUGUGAACCCCAGGACAACCAACCUCACUAACCUCCACUAUAAGCAGAAGCCCAAAGUGAGUCUGGCCUGAAAUCAGAGCAAGCACUGCAGAAAGGCAUCUUUGCUAAUGGAAAGAGGAAAGAAGAAAAGAAUUUCCAAUAAGUUACAACAAACUUUCCACCAUUCUAAAGAACCCACCUUCCUUAUCAACCAAGCUGGGCUUCUCUCUAGUGACUCUUAUUCUAGCCUUUCGCCAGAAACAGAGACAGUUAAUCCUGGUGAAAAGAUAAAGACAGACACUCAGAAAAAAAGACCUGGAACUGUGAUACUAUCAAAACCAUCAAGUAGAAGCAUUAUGUCGGAAAGCCAGUUUAGUCCCCCUGUGAUCCCUGCUCGCAGGCCUGGAUUGCGGGUAUGCUAUAUCUGUGGUCGAGAAUUUGGGUCCCAGUCAAUUGCCAUUCAUGAACCCCGGUGCCUACAGAAGUGGCAUAUUGAAAACAGCAAGUUGCCCAAGCACUUGAGGAGGUCACAACCCUCCAAACCGCAGUCUCUUGGUGGCAGUGGGUCCUCCAGUCUUCAGGCAACGAAUGAGGCUGCAUUUCAGAGUGCCCAGGCUCAGCUUCUGUCCUGUGCGUCCUGUGGCCACACAUUCUUGCCAGAUCGUCUUCUUGUUCAUCAGAGAAGCUGCAAGCCAAAGGGUGAGGGUCCCAGAGCACCGCACGGUAAUAGUUCUGAUCACCUUACUGGCCUCAGGAAAGCUCCUGGUGGAACCCCAGCCCGACCAAGGACCGUUGUCUGCUACAUUUGUGGUAGGGAAUUUGGCACCCUAUCCCUUCCUAUUCAUGAGCCCAAAUGCCUGGAAAAGUGGAAAAUGGAGAAUGACCGGCUUCCCACGGAGCUCCAGCCGCCACUCCCACAGAAGCCUCAGCCACUUCUGACUGUGCAGUCCAGCCACAUGUGACCCAGUCAAGCUCAGCUUGUGCCCUGCCCAAAUUGUAGCCUGACGUUUGCCUCAGACUGCCUUCUGGUACAUCAGAGAAGUGGUAAAACUCAACCUCAUGGGCCAAAAGAUCAGAAUUUGACCUUAGGGAGUAAAGGAGGCCUAAAAGAGUCCACUAAUUCCAAGCAGCAAAGGAACAUGGCAGGACCCAGUGUAACUGAUAAGAUCAUUCAGGCCACAUAAGAUGCAUUACGUGAACCUGGUGGCACCCUCUGCCUGUAGGGAAUGAGAGAAAACCAACCCCCAAAUCAGCCACCUCAGCCCCUAGUAUUUUUUCUAUCAAUGCUUUAUGUCAGCCUCAAUGCAGCCUGUUCAAGUUAACUCCCUGUUGGACUCCAGGGCUUGUAUCUCUCUUGGCUAAAUAGGUACAAAAACAUCAUUGCCUGAUGGGUUCAUAUUCCUUUUCAAUUCUGCUGUCUAAAAGAAGGAGAAAUGAACUACUUUCUUCCCUGAUCCCUGAUACAAAUAAUCCCUGGGAGAGACUGUAAUUUGAAAAUGAGUCAUUAAUGCUGUGUCUACAUUACAGAGAUAUAAUAUAAUUCCCUUCCAACAGCCAAUAUUUAUUGCUGGUUUAUUUUAGUCAUCUACCUUAGGAAUUCAUUUUUGGCAAUGCUGGGUUAUGCUGAGUUUAUCUUACUAAAAUAGAAUCUAUGUCAAAAACCCCAAAUGACUUUAGCAACAAUUAAACACUGAAACACU